AUGACCAUUUUACCACUAUAUUUGCAUGAAGGGUUGAUUAAAAUUAUGGAGGAAAGUGUAAAGAUUGAUCAAAAUUUGUCCCCAAAUAAGCCGAUUGAUUUUCUUGGAGAAUCUUUUAAUCAUGUGCUCUACCGAUAUGACAGUGGUUUUGGUGUCUUGGGACUUCCCGUGGAUCAUAUUCAACAUUUCAGCUUGUUACCCGUUGUGCAAUUUGCGGGGCAACAUCCUGGUGGGCUUGGAGUUCCUGCUGUUGGCAUGGCGUUCCCUGGCUAUGUUACUCAGCCCAAUGGAAUGGGGAAUUCAGAAAUGACAUGGCUACUUAUUUUGGCUGGUGCUGCUGGGGCUUUUGGUUGCUUCACCUUAUAUCACAAUCGAUGGUGCUUAUCAUGCUAUGCCAUCUGGCCAGACCUCUGCAUUGCCUCCUACAAGCUAUCAUGGCAACCUUUAACAGUAGUUUUGGACAGGCACCUUCUUGCAAAAGAUAUCGUGUACAUGUUCUUCUGCUGCUAUUGUGGAUUCAGGAACAUCCAUGCUUACUGUUCCAACUGUAUGUAUCUCACGUGA